ACUCUAUCCUUUCAGAUAACCGGAUUCAGAACAAAGGAAAUUCACAUAAAUUUAUACCUGAAAAGACGAAAUGACAUGAAAAAACAUCCCAUCCUCUCAUGGGUAUCUGUGGACAGUCCAUCGGGUGGGAGCAAUAAUACAACGUAUGAUACAACGUUACCGGUGGAAAAAUGGAAGUGGAGAUGACAGAAGCAGAAGAUGGAAGCCACAAAUGUGAUUGCAGAAUUUCUCUAACUCCAGACGCAGAUACAGAUGACGGAGCCGUCCUGACUGUGGAAGUCGCUCACGCUGCCCUGCGAUGGCCCCUCUAUAGAUAUCACAUUCUGAAUGUGAUCAAAGGAGAUAAACCCAGUUUAUGGAGAAGAUGGAACAAGCGUGUUAUUAAAUGA